UAUUGGUAUCGGUCAGACAUGCCAGUGCAUCAUGAUACCAAGACAUUUUAAACAAUGGCAGAUUUCUCUUAAUCGACACCGAAUAGCCUACUGGAAAAAAUCAGAAGUUCCAGAAAAAAAUCGCUCAUAUUUGUUCGGAAUUAAACAGGGUUUACAGGCAAGCUUUACAGUUAAAAUGCUAUUUUUAUGCUGUUGUUUCACUUGACAAAGCAGUAGGAAACUAAGCGUACAUUGUUUUAAAGAUAACUGUAGAACCUACGCAAGAUCCGGGUAUAAUGUAGUAGAGUUUAGGCGGACGUAGACUUAGAAUGUUGCAUACAGGUUUUGCAUACUAAAGUGUUGUUUUAUUGUGAAAAGAUAAACGUUACAAAUUUCGAGUGCUUACGGGGAGGAAUUUAGCCUAAUUUUCCUUGUUUCGAACAAGAUAUUUUACGCUCUGUUAGACCUGCGUUUCUUCCGUGCGUUUUAGAAAUCAAGGAUCCCUCUUCCCAUAUUGCUUCUAAGGAAACCUAUUCCAACAUUGUUAAUGUGAAAAUUACUGUUGAUAUAGUCUACUCUUUAUUGUCCGAUAAGGAUGCUAGUAAAACUUAAUCUUAUCAUCCCGCCUAUUCAUUUUCUGCCCAGGUGACUACAACUGACUCACGUCUAGUUUAUUUUUUAAAUGGAAAGACACAACAAAAACGACUGUUAAUAUGUGAAAAUACAUUUUUUAAAAACGUCUUGUUUAAUUGUCUAAUUCUUAAAAGUCGUCCCACUGCAUGUAACAAGUUCGUGGUCAAUUUCUAGCGUACUCUGUCUCCCUCUAGUGUCAAAAAAGAUAAUUACGCCAUUUCAGUGACGAUUUAUUUUGGUACUGUGGUUUAUUGUGUAAUAUGUGGAUUUGCGCUCAGUUUAAAUUCGCACUAAAUCCAACAACACUCAUAUUUUCUCAUUUGUUUUUGUUGAUUUUUUUUUGUUAGCGUUGGUUACACUGAUAAAUUAUAAUUUAUUCAACCUUUACUUAUAAAUUAUCUAUAGACUGGGUCUGUGAAAAAUAUAUUUAGUGAUUCGAAAGUUUAAUUUAAUAUUCGUUAGGGUUAACUCCGUUGAGUUCCGAUUUAUUAAGGAUAAACCUGAUGAAAGUAAAUUGCCUAUAUGGGAAAGCCUACGAUUAGAUUUUUCUGGAACUUUUCCAAGCUGGCAUUUCUGUCACUUACGGUCGGUCUCGGCGAUCAGCCUGUUUACUCUUGACUUGUAAUGCUGUGAUGUUUACGAACUGCUUCUGUCAAGUACAACUAUCAGAUAAGAUGGAUAUUAGUUCAUCUCCAAGUGCACUUUUCGUCCUAACAUCAACGCUUUUUCAGUUGUUUUUGCUCUCGCCGGUUCUUCCUUUGCUGGAGCCAUUUGACCGACUAUACCAAGACGGGACUGAUGCGUUUUACAGAAAUGACUUUAAAAACGCGGUGCAUUAUAUAGAGAAAGCUCUGCACAGUUACCGUGAACUGCGCCGAACUAAAAUUCACUGCAGGCUGCUGUGCCUGGACCAACAUCCCUUGGAAGCCGCGCUUUCGGACUUCCAGUUCUUCGGGUCGGCGAUGCGAAGGGCGUCCUGCUUAAAUAAGUGCAUGCAAGAGAGAGUCGGUCCCCAGUCUGUGCACAAAGUCAGCGAAGAAGUAACACAAGAAUUUCGCAGACGAACUCCGCACAAAUUUCUGCAAAUAGCAUGCAAUAAGCUGAGAGAGGAGAACAAGGCAGCCGCAGCAGAAUCUUGUGUCCAUUCAAACCUGGAACAUGUGGAAGAAGUGCAGAACCCCAAGCAGGACCAGCACUUUGAAACUGGGAGCGAGGCUCAGUAUCACCAGCAUGUCUUCCUGGUUGGAGUGGAGCACUACAGAAAGGGAGACCAUGAGGAGGCCGUCAGACACUUUGAGCGCGCCCUGGUGGAGUACUACAAGGCGGACAUGGAGUGCAGGGUGCUGUGUGAGGACCAGCAGAACUUCGGAGAGCAAACAUCCUCCGCCUUCUGGAACAACGUCUACCAGCUCAUCUCUGAUUACUUUGUCCAGGUGCUGCACUGUAAACAUGAAUGUGUCCGAGAGUUGGCCACACGCCCGGGUCACCGCGUCCCCAUGCAGAGCUACCUGCCGCUGCUCUACGACCACCUGCAGUUUUCUUACUUCAAAGGGACAUGGAAACGUGUAUAUUUCCUGCACAUAUUUUAUUUUGCCAAAACACGAGAGGGCAUGAGAUGUUUAUCAGUGGGCAAGAUCCAGGACGCCAUGGCAAGCGCCCAGGCCUGUUUGCUGUUCCACAAGGGAGAGGGGCACAUGGUGGAGAAUGUGGCGUUCUACAGGAAGACACUGGGGCAUGAUUUCAAGCCGCGGAAGGAGGCAGAGUGGUACUUCAGGCGGCAUGAGAUGGAGCGAACGCUGUUCCUGGUGGAGAGUGAGACUCGGGGAGCCGAGAUCAGACCAGAGAAUUACUGGCACCAACCUCUCAGAUCAAAGGACAUCGACAGGGUCCCCUUGGGCCCCAGUAGAACUACAGAUUACCCGUCUGUGUCAGUAGAGAUGGACACCAGCUUGGACCAGGACUACAGGCUGACAGAGGGUGGGCCGCUGCUCUAUGAUCAUAUUCAGCUGGUGCAGAACUCCAAGGGGCUGAACGGCCCCCAGAGGGUCCUGCUGGACAACGUCAUCUCAGGGGAGGAAUGCAGGGAGCUGAGGGACAUGGCCACCGUUGUCUGCACAGCCGGUGAUGGGUACAAUGGUGAGCCAUCGCCCCACACUCCAAAUGAGAAGUUUGAGGGUUCGACAAUUCUGAAAGCUUUGCGGUUUGCUGAUGAGGGGAGGAUCCGGUGGAGAAAUGUCCGCCUCUUUUACGACGUGAGCGAGAAAGUCAGGCGGAUUGUAGAGUCGUACUUCAUGCUCAACUCCACACUGCACUUCUCAUACACCCACCUGGUGUGUAGGACCGCCCUUUCAGACCACCAGCACCGCCGAGAAGAUAUGAGCCAUGCAGUCCAUGUGGACAACUGCAUCCUGGAUUCCAAAGCCAAUAUGUGUCUGAAGGUGCCACCCGCUUACACCUUCCGAGACUACAGUGCAUUGCUGUAUCUAAACGGAGACUUUGAAGGCGGCGAGUUCAUAUUUACAGAAAUGGACGGUGAAAGUAUUACGGCUACUGUCAAGCCUAAUUGCGGCCGCAUGCUGGGGUUCUCGUCUGGGGCGGAGAACCCACACGGAGUGCACGCAGUGACGAAGGGGCAGAGGUGUGCUGUGGGCAUGUGGUUUACUCUGGAUCCGCUUCACAGGGAGCAGGGUAUGUUAAAGGCUGGGGAAAGGAUCCAGUUGUUAGUUAAUGAAGAUCAAUCAGCAUCGGAGGUAAAUUUAAACAGCAGAGUAGAGCUGUAGUGGAUAUAAUUUAUUUUUGAAUGUCUCGCUUAAUGACGUUUAAUGAAUGUGAGGGUAUUUUACAGGACUGAGUACACUGUAUGGUGCGUGUACUGCUGUCAUAUUCCAUGACAUUAAUGCCACAUACAUGCUGCUAAACACAUUGAGGCGUGCGGUCCCGCACGCUAGGGCGAGGUCACACGCCUUCUGUGCCUCACCAGUCACCAGAUAUAAACACCACAGAACAUUUCUGGAACAUCUCCUUCAUCCCUCGAAGAAUCAAAGGCUUUUCUUGGGUUUCUUCACAUCUGCCGUCAUCUCACCAUGAACAGUUCAUGACCUUUAAAGAGCAUUUCAAGAAAAAAUAAAGCUGUUUUGAAGACAUAACGUGGCCCUGUCCAUGUCGUCGAUAUUAAUAAAUGGUUUGGUGUUUACACUAUUUUAUUCGCCCCGUGUAUAAUUAGUAUCUGAAUUAGUAUAUAUUAAUUAGCGCAGAAAUCCUAUAGAGUCCUAGAACAGGGAAUGAAACAUAGAGUAGAGAAAGUGGUAGAGAAAUUUUUAUUUUUGUAUAUUAAAAAAAAAUGUUUAUACAGCCAUUACUUGUAUAUACAGGACAUGAUACAAAAUUAUAAAAAGAAACCAAAAUUAUAUCUGAUUACUGGGAUAUUUCGUUUUCCCUAUUUUGCACCAUUUUUAUUUAGAUGCUUUGUUUGGACUGUAUGUGAUCAUUUUUUUUUUUUUAUCAUUUUAAUAACGUAAUAAUUUAAUAGGUUUGGCAGAGUUUUAAAAUGGUUUUUAUUUGAAAUUCAGGACAUGAUAUUGUGAAAAAUAAAAUGGCAUAUCACUGAAGAA